GUCUACGAUGGGGCUGCCCUGGGGUCGCUUUUUGGUGGUGGGGGCGGCGGCUGCCGCUGCCGCCACCUUCCUCCGGGAGGGUACCUCCUCUUCCUCCUCCUCCCUUUCGCACUCCCUGCAAUUUUUCUACACGUUGUUAUCAGAGCCCAGCCCGGGGCUGCCCCAGUUCAUUGCCGUGGGGUAUGUGGAUGACCAGCUCUUUGCUCACUACAACAGUGACACUAAGAGAGCCCAGCCACGUGUGGCCUGGAUUGAGGAGGUGGAGAAGGAUCAUGCCAACUUCUGGGACUCGAACACCCAGCGAGCCCUCAACUCCGAGCUGCGGUUCAGGGGGGAUUUGAUCACCCUGCAGAAGCAUUACAACCAGAGCGGGGGGCUCCACACUUGGCAACGCAUGUACGGCUGCGAGCUCAGCAGUGACGGGCGUAAAGGAGGGUUUAUGCAAUAUGGCUAUGACGGGAAGGACUACAUCAGCCUAGAUAAGGAGACCCUCACCUGGACGGCGGCUGAGGCCAGAGCUUUCAAGAGGAAGCUGGACAGCAACCGGUGGUAUUCCAGACACUUGAAGGUCUACCUGGAGAAGGAAUGCAUUGAGUGGCUGCAGCAAUUCUUGGACCAUGGAAAGGAGUCUCUGCUAAGGAUAGAGCCCCCGGCGGUGACGGUGGCACGCAAGGCAGGCUAUGAUGGCCUGGAAACUCUCAUCUGCCGGACCCAUGGCUUCUACCCCAAGGAGAUCGAUGCUACCUGGCAGAAGGACGGGAAGGUGUGGGAGCAGGAGGUUUUUCGUGGAGGGGUUGUCCCCAAUUCAGAUGGGACCUACCAUGCCUGGCUCAGCAUUAAUAUCCACUCCAAAGACAGGGAUCAUUACCGGUGCCACGUGGAGCAUGCCGGCCUGCUUGAACCUCUGGAUUUGGCCUGGGGGGCAUCUGAUUCCUCCCAUAUGUGGUUCGUAAUUUUGGGAGUACUUUUGGGGGCCACAGCUGUCUUCCUGCUGGUGGCUGGAGUCAUCUUCUACCUGAGGCAACAGCAGGAGGCAGGCUACAGAGCAACGGCAACCAGCGACCAAGGAUCCGACAGUUCCACCAGGGGAAAACGGGCAGGGCAUGCUCGGUCCGAACAGAUCUGCCUAGCAACCGCUGCGCGCCGAUUUUUCCGAUUGGCCGAAUACUGCCUCUGGCAGCUGGCUGCGGCCCAGCGGAGCCUGGGGCGAGAUCCUGCUCCCUUCCUCCCCGAAGCAGGCGAGACGAUGCUGGCUGGGGCCGGGGGCUGCCUCUCGGGCCUGGGGGCAGCCUUCCUCCUGCUGGGGGGCUGCUGCGGUUCUUUGCACUCCCUGUACAUCUUCUACAUGCUGGCGACAGAUUUCGACCAGGGGCCGCCCCAGUUCUUGGCCGUGGGAUACGUGGACAACCAGCUCUUUGCUCACUACGACAGCCACGCCCGGAGGGUCCUGCCUCUAGUGCCCUGGAUGAGGAAGAUGGAUGAAGUGGACCCCCAGUUCUGGGACCUGACCUCCCGGAGGCUCCAGAAGUCUGAGCGGAGGAUGAAGGGGGACCUGGGGGCCGUGCAAAGCCACUACAACCAGAGCGGAGGGGCUCACACCUGGCAGCGCAUGAUCGGCUGUGAGGUGCGCAAAGACGGGAGCAAAGGAGGGCAUUACCAGUACGGCUACGACGGGGAGGACUUUGUCAGCCUGGACAGGGAUACUCUCACCUGGACAGCCACCCAUGUCAAGGCCCAGGUGACCAAGCGGAGGUGGGAGUCGGAGCCCCUCAUCGCUCAGAGCAGGAAACACUUUGUGGAGGAGGAAUGCCUUUCGUUGCUGCAGAAAUUCCUGGCCUUGGGGAGGGACGCUCUGUUGCGGAAAGAGCCCCCAAUAGUUAAGGUGAUGAGGAAGGUAAACUACGAUGGCCUGGAAACUCUCAGCUGCCAAGUGUACGGCUUCUACCCAAAGGAGAUCGGUGCCACCUGGAGGAAGGAUGGUGAGGUUUUGGAGCAGGAGACAUUUCGUGGGGGUGUCGUGCCCUGCUCGGAUGGCACCUACCACACCUGGCUCAGUAUCAAGAUCAGCCCGGAGGACAGAGAUCGCUAUCAGUGCAACGUGGAACACGAUGGCCUGCCAGAGCCCUUGAACUUGGGCUGGGACAAUUCUGCGUCCAAUAUAGGUCUCAUUGGGGGAAUCUUCUUGGGAUUCGCUGUUGCUGCUGUCCUGGUUGUGAUUGGGAUCCUUCUAUAUAACAAGGGACGGCGAGACAGUGCGGCAUCGAGCGAGUGACCUCUUGGGGCAGCUUCAUGAGUGUUCCUCUGGUCCCAAGGCUGACAAUGAGCUGCUUCCAGCAUCGUGGACACCACCUGAACGGAGUGAUCUUCCUGGAAAGCAAGAAAAGAGCUGUCAGACCGUCUUUGAACAAGCACGGCUCCAUUGAGAGGCCUGAAAAAGGCAGUGAGCAAUCAGUGGGUGCAGGGGCUACGCCAGGAGAUAAAUGCUCAGCUAGGGAAUGGAUAACACAAUACAGGUCUGGCCCGUGCAUAAUCCUUUCCCACCUGCCCUGCAAAAAGGAGGUGGGACAGCAAUCACUGGAAGGAUCUUGGGGGAAAUAGGAGACACCCUCAGACUGUAUAACACCUUAGCUUAGGUGGGGAGGUGUGUACUCCUCUAGAGGCAGGGGAGAUCCUGAGUGGAAAAGAGGCUGAGCAGCUCUCUUUCCCUGCCUUUGAUGAAGAUUGCAGUUUCCAGCAGCUGUUUGGUUCUGUCUUCCCUCUCAGUGGCCAGAGGCGGAAGGGGCAGUGGCUGGCCAUCCUUUGAUCAUGCCUGGAUUGAGAUCUCACCAAGCAUCCUGUCACCAAGUAUCUUCUUACUGUCUUGCAUAUCUUUAUUUAUUUGCUUUAUUAAUAGUCUACUUUUUUGCUAUGACUCAAAGCGGAUUACAAAAUGUAGCAAUGCAAGAGGAACAUUUUCUCUAGGCCAGCUUGGCCAGGGAUUCUGGAGGUUUUUUGUCAUCUUCUGGGCAUGGAGCAGGGGUCACUGGGAGUGUCGGGGGUGAGGUGUGAAUAUACUGCAUUUUGCGGGGGGCUGGACUAGAUGACCCUAGAGGUCCCUUCCAACUCUAUGAUUCUAUUGUAACAUAUUCUACGUAAGUCUUCCUUAAAGUAAAUUCAAAGACUCCAGUUGGUGCAGAAUGCCGCAACUCAGUUGCUCUUGGGAGCUAGGCAGAGCAUCCAUGUUAUUUGCAUUCUAUACUCCCUACAUUGGCUCCCCAUUAAUUACCAGGCAUGAUUUAAGGUAUUGGUUAUCACUUACAAAACUCCAUGGCCUAGGCACCUCGUAUCUGCAGUAACGCCUCUUUCCCUCUCUCACUAUGGCAGCUUGCUCUUCUGAAUGGGGUCUUCUGCAGGUGCCCUCCCCUGCAAAUGGGCAAAUUAAACAACUGCCCAUGUUCAUAGAUCCAGAGGAGUUAGC